AAUAAUCAAUGACUUUUGAACUUGAAUGCACAAAACCUAUAAACAUACUUAUCAUUCUAAAUGCAUAUUAACUUCGUUUUAUUUCAUAAAGACUACUUUUAAAAAAAUCUUGAUGGUGAAUUUGAAAUAUUGUUCGUUAACAAUUAUUUUUUUGAGUAAUUUUGAAUCAAAUUUCUCAAAAUGUACGAAUGAACCGUACGGUCUUCACUGUGCAAAUCUGAUAAACAGUUCGGAAUUAACGACGUUCGGGAUAAAAAACGAGACACUUACUAACAUCACCACCACAGUGUUUUUGAGAAAUAUAUCAAGCGAUAUCGACAAUAAGGUAUUUACAAAUUUUCCAAUAUUGCAGCAUAUAGAUAUUCAGUUAUCGAGGAUUAAAUUAUUUUCGCCAAAUUUGACAAGUUUAAAUUUUUUGUAUAUAAUAAAAAAUGUGGAAUUUCCAAAUAUCGACGAGGAAUUUUUUGAAAAAUGUUGCCGAAAUUUGACUACGCUCAUCAUAAACGAUAACAGAAAUUUAACGGUCGUAAAGGGAGCUUUCAAGAGUAUACCAAAUUUAGAUCAUCUAACAAUUACCAAUCAAAACAUCAAAUGUUUAACGAAAGCUUACUUGGAAGGCAUAAAUAAAAUUACUUACCUAAAUUUGGCAGGAAACAAUUUGACUGAAAUAAGCCCGGACAGUUUUGAAGAUUUACAAAACCUGAAUCACUUAAUUUUGAGCAACAACAAAAUUUCUAAUUUCCAAGAAAACACCUUCAACAACCUCUACAAUCUACAAAAUCUUGAACUAUUGAAUUUAGAUGUUUCUUCGCCGGAUAAAAAUGUUUUUAAAAAUCAAAAAGAACUAAGACUUAUUGGAAUACCAACGAAAUGGAUAAAUGAAGGCGUGUCGAUAAACAACUUGACUCGAAUUUUUUCUAAUUUAGAAAAUAUUGGUAUUCGAACUGCAGAUAAGAACCAAAAAGAUGUAGAAAAGUUCAUAGAAUCUUGUAAAUAUACAGGAUUCACGAUUAAUUUCUUAGAAUAAGUUUAUUAAAUAAAUACAUACUUUCAAACAAA